UUUUUCUAGGGCUUUGUAGCUACUAUAGCGAGCGGCAAUGGAGCGCCCAGAGAUCCAUGUAAGUCGAUGGAGCUUCGAUUUCAUCGGCAGACGCUCUUUUCUAGUGAUCCAGGGCGUGAUCUCGCAGGAAUGGAGCUCCGCCAUGCGUAUUUCUUUGGGAGCUUCCAGCAAUGCGGCCGCGAUGCUACAGGUAUUGCGCAAGAUUCUUGUGCUAGAGCUGCUUUUCUUGCGUUUUCCAGCUCUCCAGCACAGAUUUUCGCGAUGGAGCGCCAUGGCCGUGGGCAAUGGGUCCCUAAUAUCGGAUUUCCACACAGAGGCUUCCAAGACUGGGCAUGGAUCGGUGGAAGUAGCUCACAGGAGGAUCUUGUUUGCGGCCGGGGGCACUGGCGGCCAUGUCUAUCCUGCGAUUAGCAUCGCGCAGGCAAUCCAGGAGCUCCAGCCCAGCGUGGAGAUCGAAUUCGUGGGGACCAAGGACAGGAUGGAAUGGCGGGCAGUGCCACGAGCAGGAUAUAUCAUCAGGGACAUUCCAGCGACUGGAUUGAAGAGGCCAGUUCUAUCUCCAGAGAACUUUUGGCUGCCUUUCAAGCUCUUGGUGUCUAUCAUCGCUUGCUGGCGGAUCCUUUCCAAGUUUAAGCCGGACGUGGUGGUAGGAACUGGCGGCUAUGUGUCCGGGCCUCUGUGCUUGGCGGCGGCGCUGCGAAGAAUUCCACUCGUUCUCCAGGAACAAAACUCUCAGCCGGGGCUCACGAACAAGAUCUUGGGACGAUUUGCGAGGGUGGUGUUUGUGGCUUUCGCUGGAGCCGCGGCUCACUUCUCUCGGGACCGGUGCUUGGUCAGUGGCAAUCCCACGAGACUGGGAUUCAACCGGUACGUUUCUUCGCUGGUGGCGAGGAGAUUGUUCUUCCCGGAGGAUGAGAGCUGUGCGACGAAGAAAGAAGUGGUGCUUGUGCUGGGUGGAUCUCUCGGUGCUAAGUCCGUCAACAUGGCCUUGUCCAGUUUCGUUUUGGAGAGCCUUGGAAGGAAUUGUCGACGUUACAUCAUCUGGCAAACUGGAUCGCAGUACUACAAGCAGGUUUUGGAAAGUGUCGGCUCGGGGCAUUCUCGACUGGCAAUCCACGGGUUUAUAGAAUCCAUGGAAACAGCGUAUGCAGCAGCAGAUCUCGUGGUGGCUCGCGCUGGCGCGAUAACUUGCAGCGAGAUCUUGGUUGCUGGCAAACCAUCGAUUCUUAUUCCAUCUCCAAACGUGACCGACGACCACCAAACGAAAAACGCGAGGAGCUUGGAGGAAGCGGGCGUGGCGAGAGUUUUAGCGGACAGUUCCUUGCAAUCCUCGCCACGAAUUCUGGCCGAUGCGAUCGACGAGCUUCUGGGUGAUCGGCAACGCCUAGACAAGAUGGCAAUGAAAGCACUCGAUCUAGCAAUUCCAGACGCCGCUGCGCGAAUCGCCCAGAGAAUCCUCGACAUCGUCAACACGAAUUCGUAGUUCUUGGCGCGAUUAUUUAAAAAUUUUGAAAUUUGAAAGUCCACGUCGCGUGGUCGAUUCC